AUAAAGUGUUUCUUGUCAACAUUGAGCUUUGUCAGCCUCCUGGAGGUGAGCGACACACGGGUGUCCCAGCCUGUGCCUGAUAACGCUGAGCGAUUCGACAGCUCAGUGAGCGUGCUAAGCUCUGUGGAUUUCUGCUCGGGCAUUCACAGCUGGGAGGUGGAGGUGGAGCCUAAGAAUGCCUGGACUCUGGGCGUGGCCAAAGAGGGUGUAGCCCGGAAAGGCAAUGUGAUGGUCAGGCCAGAGGUCAGGAUCUGGGCGAUGGGGAUGUGGAACGGGGAGCAGUACAGCGCUGGAACAGCCCCCCUGGGUACCCCGUUGGUUCUGAAGAGGAAGCCCAAGAGGAUCAUGGUCAAGCUGGACUAUGAGAAAGGAGAGCUCUCUUUCUAUGACUCCAGUGACAUGUCACUCAUCUAUACGUUCGAACACAGGUUCACAGAGAGACUGUUCCCUUACUUCUCUCCCUGUCUCAACUCUGAUGGCACUGACCCUGGAGUGCUGAGGAUCUGCCCUGAGAAGGUGUCUGUGACUGUGGCACCUAUUCACUGAGCAUAUAACCUGCUGAUUCUAUUUCUUGAUCACAUACUGAAGCGUCUGUAUUGGUAAAGUCUGUCACAGUGACUCCUGUGUAUUGAUUUUGUCUGUCUAUUAUUUUGUAAAUUGAGGUGAACAGCCUCACCUCCAGUGGUGACAUUGACGU